UUUCCGCUCUCACGUUUGCUACAAUUACUUUUCAAAAUUUACUGACGUGCCACUCAGAAACAAAACAUAGUUAGUAUUUUUUAAUAAACGGUUCAGUACAGAUUAAAAAAAUUAAAAACAGAGCUAUUAUUAAAGUUGGGUAAAGGCGUGACGGCUGACGCUAAUAAUUUAUCAUUUACAGGGCUCUAGCGACUUAGUGACUUAUUGGCAUUAGUAACUAUUUCCUCUACGUUACCUGUUUACCUGUCUGCAAAAUUUACUCUUCAUCCGCGAAUAUUUAAAAUAUAAUAUUACAAUUCAGAUAUGCGUCCGUAGAAAGAAAAGUCUCGGAACAGAGAUCGCGGGAAUGGCAUGGGAGAAAAGUGACUUUAUUAAUCAAUUUGCGAAAUUCAAAGAAGAUGGGAAGAAGCUGAAAGAAGCACAACGUGAAUAUGAACGAACCACGAAGCGACUAUCCCGUCACAUAAGCAAAGGACAGGAGGAAUGCAAAAAACUUAAAGUGAGAAAUGAAUACUUGCAGGCUCAAAUAAAUUUGAAAAAAUGCGAAAUAAAUCAGCUUCAUGAAAAAAUAGUUGAGCAUGAAAAGGAUGUAAAGGCACUUGAGGAAGAGAUAUAUGAUUACAAAAAGAAGCUCAUAAUUGCAGAACAUAUGGUGGAAACUGAAAAACUAGAACACCAGAAUGCUGCGCUCCUUUUUUAACUCAGUGACGAGGAGAAAAUGAAACUGGACAUUCACUUCAUUCAAAAGAUAUAGCUUUAUCUUUAUACAUAUACGUUGUAGUAUAUACAUUAUAACUUCAAGCUUUAUACUUGUAAACUACCUCCUUUCGUUUCGCACUUUCUUCUGCCUAAGUAGAUAAGUUGAAUUCAAUAAAAAUAAUAAAGCCAA